GGAAAGUCAAGCAUAGUCCAUCAAUUUGUAUAUGAAACAUUCAGACCAACCAUUGAGAUGACCAUGGGAGCAGCAUUUUGGACAAAAUGUGUGUCUGUUGAUGAGUUUGUCUGCAAGUUUCAAAUAUGGGACACUGCCGGCCAAGAGAAAUACAAAUCUUUGGCUCCUAUGUAUUAUAGAGGAGCUGCAGCUGCCAUUGUGGUGUUCGAUGUAACAAAAGAGGUUUAA